UGUAACUCCUCCUUCUCACCCAUGCCUCUGAUCUUUACAUCGCUAGUUAGUCACUAGUUAAUCACUAGACGCAGCUCUCGCGCAACAGGUUGUGAUGGAUCUGAAGGAUAAAGUGUGUGCAGUGACCGGAGCAGCUCAGGGUUUGGGCAGGAGCUUUGUCGAAAUACUCCUGAGAAACGGGGCAAAGGUGGCUUUAAUCGAUGUGAAUAAAUCGCUGGGAGAUGAAGUGAAGAGCACACUUGAUCAGGAGUAUGGACGAGACAGGACUGAGUUUUACACGGCCGACGUCUCAUCAGAGGAAGACUUUAAAGGAGUUUUGGAAAAAAUUGUUGAAACAUUUGGCCGCAUAGACAUUUUGUGCAACAAUGCAGGGAUCAUCAAUGAAAAGCACUGGGAAAAGACUAUAGCAAUCAACCUGGGUGGAGUGGUCAGAGGAACGUAUCUCGCUCUAGAACAUAUGAAGAAGGAAAACAGUGGCAAUGGAGGAGUCAUUGUCAACAUUUCAUCUAUGGCAGGUUUGGGGCCUUUGCCGAUGGCGCCCAUCUACACAGCAACUAAACACGGCGUGGUGGGAUUCAGUCGUGCCAUGGCAGCCGUUUCCAAGCUGGCUAACUACGGGGUGAGGAUCAACGUUCUCUGUCCGUGGUUUGUGAAGACCAGUCUUCUGUCCGUCAUGAGUUCAGAAGAGCAUAUUGGAAGUUUCUUUCCACUGAAGGGUAUCGCAGACACGAUGAUAGAGAACCGCGGCUGUGUGGAGGCUGAUGUUGUUGCCAAGGCCUUUCUUGUUCUUGUGAAAGAUGAGAGCAAGAAUGGAGACGUUCUGAUGAUUGAUCCCGAGGGGGCAGCUUUUGUUUCUUUCCCCGAACGAGGCAAAAACAUGCCAUCUACUCCGGUCAGUCUCGAGUAGCCAAUCAGCUUCGUUCUCAGCCGCAUCUGUGUUAGUGGACGGAUUUGAGUUUGGGAUUAAAGGUUUCAUCAGAGAUCUUUUAAAGAAAAUCCAACCAAACCCUGGAGAUCUCGACCAAAUCAAGACACGACGUCAACCUAAGAAUGGCUUCAUAUAAAGAUAAUUUUAACUAAAUCAGCCAGAGUAAAGAUUAGCGAAACAUCUCAGAUUUAUUCUUUGGUGCUGCUUCUGUAAUUAUUACAACCAUGAAUUUCAGCAUCUCUGUUAUUCAGAUCUGUUAUGGAGAAUGUUCCGAAUCCGGGAAAUCUGACAGUCAGUACAAGAGCCACAGAUCUGGCUGUUUGGGAAAUCUGAAAAUAGUUCUGUAAUUAUAGACGGAAACAUCACAUCCUUGGGCUCCACUGUACUGUAUGUUCAUGCAUUUCUACAUUUAUUGUGCAAAACUAUACCUUGAAAUAUUCUGAAUACGUGGUUUGCUUUCCAAAUUUGUUGAAAUAAAUAAGCUACAUGUUUGUGUUGAAAUUCAAUUACAAUAAAAUUUUGCACCUCAAUUGCAAAAGAAAAAAUGUAUUGUAGCGACUAGUGCUGUGCUCCCUAGAUGAGUUAGUAGAAGUAAACGAAACACAAUAUGUGACCCUGGAGCUUAAGUCGCUGGGGUAUAUUUGUAGCAAUAGCCAACA